CAAAAGUUAAAUAACAAUUAAACAAUGUCCAUCAUUAACAGGAUCACCGAGUUGCCCCUUGUGGCUUCUGCCACCGAGGCCAUCCCCACCUACUACGCUCAGGUGAAGGAGGCUAGCCCUAUGUUCACCAGCGUCGCCUCAUACACUGAAGCUGCCGCUGCUAAGACUCAGGAGAUUGUAGCCCCCACAGCAAACAAGGUUGUUGCUAACGAGCGUGUACAGAAGGUUGAUGCGCUUCUAGUAUCUUACUUCACCGCUGCUGUCGAGCGAUUUCCCAUGCUUAAUUCCACCACCGAGGAUGUUGUAGCCGUUUACAACAGUACCGUCAAGUCCAUUGCCGAGAAGAAGGACACUUGCAUGACCUACCUUUCCGAGAACAGAGAUGUUCUUCUUAAGCGAUUCAAUGACUUCUUCAACGCGAAGAAAGAUGAGCUUAACGCCAAGAAAGAUGAGCUUAACGCCAAGAAAGAUGAGAUGACCGAGCAGAUGAAGACACAAUACAACAACGCUUCUGAGAAGGUUAACAAUCAGUAUGUAGUCGCCUCUGAAAAGGUUAACGAGCAAUAUGUUGCCGCUUCAGAGAAGGUUAGCGAGCAGUACGUACAAGCCUCUGAGAUUGCCACACAGCAGUACAAGAACAUUACCGACCAGGCCACUCCAUAUGUGGAGCAGGCAACUGAGAUUGCUACCAAGCAAUACAACAACAUUGCUGAACAUGCCACUCCAUACGUGGAACAAAUUAAAGAGAAGACCACCCCAUACGUAGAGGAGAUCAAGGCCCGUACCAGCCCUAUCGUCGAGUACGCGCAGAAGACGUACGAGCAGGUGUCCACCUCCGCUUAAAUGUCGAGUAUUUUAAUAUCUGAUGAAAAAUUAGGAAAUAUAGGUGGUGGGGUGAGUUAGUUGAACGUUUCUGGCAGCGACCGUGUCGUUGCGAGUGUGAUGGUACAUACGAAGAUUUGGAAGAAAUAUACAAAAUAAAUUGUGAAAUUGCA